UUGGUAUCCGAGACCCAAGUCCCAAAACAAGGGUUUGCCCUAACUUCUCACCCCUGUGGCGGUGCGGCCCUGCCACCGACCCCUGCGGCGGUCGCGGUCCUUCCCCUCCCCCUCUUCCCUUCCGGCCGCUCGCCGAACGCCAUCGGAAGCCCUCCUCUUCAGAAAUCGAAGAUCGAAGAUCGGGUUCAUCACUCUUCAGAAAUCGAAACCCUCCUUCCCGCCUCUUCCUCUUCCUCUUCCGCUUCCGCUAUCCAACGAUAGAUCAGUAAUCGGGUGGUUCUUUACAAACCAGGAGAUCUCCGUUCUCUCUCGUCCUCUCCCAUGGUGACGACCACUCUCCCCAAAUCCGGCGCCGUCUCCAAGGGCUACAGCUUCGCCUCCACUUGGGAGCAGAAUGCGCCGCUCACGGACCAGCAGAAAGCGACGAUCUUGGCGCUCUCCCAUACCGUUGCGGAGCGGCCGUUUCCGCCGAAUCUGUCUCAGAAGGAGAUCUCGGUGAAGAGCGGCGAGUUAUCGGUUUCGAUGGAAGAUUCUACUUUCGAAAAGGCCGGGCAGAUAGAUGCUGUUUUGGUUAACACGCAUCAGUUCUACAAAUGGUUUAUAGAAUUGGAGUCAGCUAUGAAGUCCGAGACAGAGGAGAAGUAUCGUUUCUAUGUGAAUACACUAAUGGAACGUUUCCAAAUAUGUGAUGGAAUCCUUCAACAAGUGGAUGAUACCCUAAAUUUGUUUAGUGAGCUGCAGUCACUGCACCAGUCGGUUGCUACAAAGACUAAAACCUUGCAUGAUGCAUGCGAUCGGCUAUUGAUGGAAAAGCAAAGAUUGAUCGAAUUUGCUGAUGCGCUUCGUAGUAAGCUCAACUAUUUUGAUGAGUUGGAGAAUGUUUCUACCAGUUUUUAUUCUCCAAACAUGAGUAUUGGAAGCGCACAGUUUCUUCCGCUGUUGAAACGUCUAGAUGAUUGCAUCUCGUAUGUUGAAAGCAAUCCACAAUAUGCUGAGUCUGCUGUUUACUUGGUCAAAUUUCGGCAACUCCAGUCAAGAGCAUUAGGUAUGAUUCGAUCUCACGUGGUUUCAGUCCUUAAAGGUGCUUCAUCUCAGGUACAAGCUGCAAUUCGAAGCAGUGGUUCAAGCAAAACAGCUGUUCCAGAGGGUGUGGAGGCAUCUGUUAUAUAUGUUCGCUUCAAGGCAGCUGCUAGUGAGCUGAAACCUGUUCUUGGGGAAAUUGAAAGUAGAUCUUCUAGGAAAGAAUAUGCACAGAUUCUCUCAGAAUGCCACAAGCUUUAUUGUGAGCAAAGACUAUACUUGGUCAAAGGUAUAGUGCAGCAGCGGAUCUCUGAAUUUACAAAAAAAGAGGCCUUGCCAUCAUUAACUAGGUCUGGAUGUGCAUAUUUAAUGGAGGUUUGCCAGUUUGAACACCAGCUUUUUGAUUACUUCUUUCCGUCAUCUUCUUCCGAUGUCACGAACAUGGCUCCUUUAAUAGACCCUUUGUGCACAUAUUUGUAUGAUACUUUGCGCCCAAAGUUGAUACAUGAGGCAAACCUUGAUUCUCUCUGUGAACUUGUAGACAUAGUAAAAGUUGAAGUUCUAGGAGAGCAGCUUAGUAGACGUGGUGAGUCAGUAGCUGGAUUACAUCCCACGUUACAAAGAAUUCUAGCAGACAUUCAUGAGAGAUUAACGUUUUGCGCCAGGACGCACAUCCGCGAAGAGAUCGCUAAUUACCGUCCAUCAGAUGAAGAUCUAGAUUACCCUGGAAAGCUGGAGCAAUUAGUUGAGACUACUUCAGAAGCUGGUGUUGUUGAUAAUUCAGACAUAGUUCAGACAUGGUAUCAGCCAUUGGAGAAAACAGUAUCAUGUCUAUCAAAAUUGUACCGUUGUUUAGAACCAACAGUUUUUACUGGUCUAGCACAGGAAGCUGUGGAGUUCUGCUCAAUAUCAAUACAGAAUGCAAGCAAAUCUAUUGCAAAGAGAUCAAUGCCUAUGGAUGGACAGCUUUUUGUUAUAAAGCACCUUCUUCUUCUACGAGAGCAGAUUGCACCGUUUGAUAUUGAAUUCUCCGUUACGCACAAGGAGCUAGACUUUUCUCAUUUGCUGGAGCAUUUGCGAAGGAUUCUCAGAGGUCAAGCCUCACUUUUUGACUGGUCAAGAUCAACAUCAUUGGCAAGAACCUUGUCUCCUCGCAUUCUAGAGAAUCAGAUUGAUGCCAAGAAGGAACUCGAGAAAAGUCUGAAAGCCACCUGUGAAGAGUUCAUUAUGUCCAUCACAAAAUUAGUUGUGGACCCUAUGCUAUCGUUCGUUACUAAGGUAACUGCUGUGAAAGUUGCAUUAUCCUCUGCUAGCCAAGGGCAGAAAUCGGAUUCAGUUCUUGCCAGGCCUCUAAAGAAUCAAGCAUUUGCUUCACCAGAUAAAGUCACCGAGCUGGUUAAAAAGGUUGGAACUGCCAUCCAGCAAGAGUUGCCUAAAGUAUUGGCAAAAAUGAAGCUUUAUCUCCAAAACCCAUCAACACGAAUGAUCUUGUUCAAACCGAUCAAGACAAAUAUUGUGGAAGCUCAUGUGCAACUACAGUCAUUGCUAAAAUCUGAAUAUUCUGCGGAAGAAAUACAAAACAUUGGCAUGUUGUCAAUACAAGAGCUCCAAGCUCAACUGGAUGGCCUUCUUUAGCUGAAAGCCGCAUUACUUGUCCAUUUUAUCUGCGCGUUACUAUCUGAAGUCGCCUCUCCGUCGCUGAGUAUAAGCUUCGCUGUUUGUUUCUCAUCAGAAAUCUUUGUUAGAUUGAUCAGAACGGAUACUUUUCAAUUUGUUUUUUUUUUUCCUUCUUUUUCUCUUGGAUUACAGACGGGAGGAUGUUGUAUUCAUUAUCCCACUUGGGAUUAGCUAAGAUGGACCAAAUUCAUUGUUGUAUAACUUCUCGAUGUUUCUUCUUCCACUAUCCAUUUGUAGGGACUUUUGCUUGGAUUUGUAUCUCUUCAUUUAUGGGAUAUUUACCUCUGAA